AUGGCAGUGGUGCUCACACCACAGCGCAGCGCUACAGACACUGAAGUCUACCCUCACACAAGCUCCAGUGCUGAGAAGCUGAAGAGAAGAAGAGUUACAAUACACAACGUCUUGCUCCAGUUGCAGUGGAGUAAACUGGCGGCAACUGUUACAUAUGCUCAAACAACAGUUCCAAAUAUCAGCCAAACAGGCUGUGCAGGUCCUCCAGUGCUGUGUUGUGCUCGUCAAAAUAACAGCUGUUUUAGGGGAGGAUGUUUUUGUGAUGAGGUCUGUGUGUCAGUUCGGGAUUGCUGUCCUGACCACAGCUCCACGUGCACACAGCAUUUCACUACUGCACUACCAACUGGAUCCAGUACAACCAUAAACAGCACCACGUCUACACCAGUAGAUGGCAGCAAUACCACAGCAUCCAUUACUACAAAUUUCACUACUGCACUACCAACUGGAUCCAGUACAACUAUAAACAGUACUACAUCUACACCAGUAGAUGGCAGCAAUACCACAGCAUCAACAGUUUCUAUUACUACAAGGCCGACGCGGACAGAAACAGGGGUUGUUCACCUUCACUUAUCUGCUUUAACCCAUAAGGAGGAAAGUGAAGAUGUGUUAGAGGGUGUGUCUACUUUUGUAUCCCAUGUCCAAGCACUUCUCCAGCAGAGCUGUGGAGGAUGCACCCUGAAUAUAACACGCAUCAAACUCACCCGUCCAUCAUCUGUGUGACCGGGUCCAUGGUGCAGCUGGUCCCGAGGAGACAGCGGAAGUAGAAGUGUUGCAGCAAACCUCCACCCUCAGGUGGUUGAGGGUUAUUAGCCUAGCAUAUAUGUAGGCUUUUCUUUGUUAGUUUUAUUUUUUUCACGUUACACCCCACCUUCCCCAGGCCCUGUCACCAACGACAUCUUGGUUUUAAAUAUUUUUCCAGAUGUUUUCCUAUAAUAUUUGGUGUCUUGUAGUCAUUAGUCUAUAGGUGUUUUGCUCUGUUGUGGCAGGAGGGUUUUGACCGGAUUCACACACAGCAGCAUGAACAAACUAUAGUUCCGAGCAGCCCAGUGAUGACAAAGGACUACAUUUCUAAACUAUGCUGUUUUCUAUCAUAUUGUUUUACUGCCAUAACAUGUGGUUCUGUCAAGAUGUGAACACUGUUGCAAGGGUAAUAUUAAAGUAUUUUGCACAAAAAGUUA